UAGGUGUUUGUUACCAUGCCACAAAAUGAACUUUAGUAUCGGAGAAAGUACGUAUGGAAAGAUUAGAUGGGUGUAAAGGAUCGUCUCCAUUAGAAAUACUAAUCGGCCUAUAACUCUGAUAAAAUGAAUCUUCAUACCCUAGUUCUCUGCUAAACGCAAACUCUAUUGGCUCAAAGUAGGGCAUCAAUGUGUUAAGAAACUCACUUGUUUUAAAAGGUGCUGCGGUGACUGAGACAGCGAAAACUUGCCAAUAACGAGUGCGGUCGAGCCACCACCGUACACGGUGGGUAAAACUACCUACCACAAUCAUUGGUUUGAGCUAACUCGGCUCAAACAUGCUAGCAGAUGGAUACCCAAUGCAGAGCAGAUGCUGAACAGACUCGAACAACUGACUGUCGAUUCUCACCAGGUGACACUAAUGGAUUGCUUCGCCCUUGGCCCAUCGAUCUCGUUGGUCCGGGAACAAGAUGUAUUUCACGUCAUCGAAUCCAUGGGAAAUGAUUACGCGGAGUUUGCGUACCUACAAAGGCCUGCUUGUGAAGGAAAGCUACUGCUAGACAAGCUUCAAGAGGAAAUGAAAUUGGCCAGUAUCUCUGAACACGUGGAUCAGCAUGCACGGACGCUUAUUUCGACCUGGUGUCGCCAGGAUCAGCUAUACCAUAAAGAGUUCCUUAGAGAUGUACUGCGCGCAUGGAAUAUCGACACAAAACUAGUUGUCGAACCGGGCAUUAGGGAUGACUUUUCCACGGUGAGUCGCCAGCUGGAAAGACGGCUUGAGCUACUUCGUAAACAUUUACCGGAACUUGAAAAGAAGAUGGCAUCGACUAUCACUGAAUUAACGCACGCUAGAGAUCGGUGGAAAGAACAAUUAGCAAAUAUACAACGAAUAAAGGAGAUUUAUGAACAAAUGGAAACAGAAAAUGAGCAGCAUGCCAAGCGAAUCCAGGAGUUACUGGCGAAGAAAAGACGAUUGGAGGUACGGAUGCGCUACAAAGAGGUGGGAGGAAGCAAAUUUCAGCGGGACAAUGUACGCCCAGCGGGAACUAUGACGUUUGCGGCGGCGCCAAGGACGGAGACCAUAAAAAUUAACUUAGGAACCUUAGGUGUCGUAAGAAUGUCUCUGUACGAUGACAGCGAAGUAGACAGCAAAGGUGUUGCUGGAUGGUCCUCUGGCAUUAAAAUGCUCCAAAGCCAUGUUCAGCUGCGAAAGGCAACAGGACACCAUCUUCAGAGGAAAGGACAGGCUGCUGCUGCACACAUCGCUCCUGUCCUUGAUCUCAACACCCGAACUAAAGAUCGCAUUUCCGCGGAGGAUAUGCCACCAAUUCCGCUGUACGUAGCGAGGGGCGGAGCAUCACUUCUUGGUGGAGACUGGUUCCUCAAAGAUGAGUAUGACCCUUCGUACCCCAACGAAUAUGACCGACUGGUCAAACAGCUUCGGCGAGAGAGCAGAAAAGAGAAGCGUUCAGCACCGUCAGACUCCAGUUCAAACAGUGCAGGGGACUCGCCAACGAAUUCCGGCGGCAGCAGUGAUCGAGCAAGUGCGCCCAAGCGUCAAUCAGCGAUGAUAGCACCACCUCCAUCACUCACAGCAUCCGAUCCUCCUGCGCGUGCCCUUUCACCGCCAGCACCACACCAACAGGGGGCUGUAUCAGUGGCAUCCAACAUGGGUUGUUCAUCGGUGGCAGCUAAAAUCAUGGCUCGUAUGGGCUUUAAAGCUGGUCAAGGACUCGGUAAGAGCGAGCAAGGUAUUUCGUCUGCGCUGGCCGUCGAGAAAACGAGUCAUCGUGGUGGAAAAAUUGUGGAUAUGAGCUCGGCGCAAGCUGCAGCAGCAGCAGCUGCAAUGACUGAUAUGCCUCCACCAUUAAUGGCGCCACCAGGGUUACCUAGCGCGUCAACUGAUAGCCAAGCUUUGCUUGACAAUGGGCUGAUGGGCCCUCCACCGCCGGGCGGUUUAAUGGGACCCCCACCACCUCCGGGUCCAUCAAGUGGAGCCAUUCAGCCAGCUGCAGAGGAACAGAGCAUCACUGAAAUAUUGAAGAACCCCACGAAAGUAGUGCUACUACGUAACAUGGUAGGCCCGGGAGAGGUGGACGAGGAACUUGAACCAGAAACGAAGGAAGAAUGUGGUCGUUAUGGGGAAGUGGUGAAGUGUGUGAUACACGAGCUGCCUGGACCCGGUGUGAGCCCUGAAGAAGCAGUUCGCAUUUUUGUUGAAUACAAGAACCUAGCCCACGCUAUCAAGGCUGUCGUCGAUCUCAACGGGCGAUUUUUCGGUGGACGGGUUGUACGGGCUGGAUUUUACGAACAGGACAAAUUUAAUCGUCUUGAGCUAGUAUAACAAUGGCAACAACUUAUGCAUUUGCUAGCAACUGAAAAGCAUGGAUAAACAGUGUUUGAGAAAUAAUCAUUUAACAUUUUAAUGAUACUCCGGCACUGAAAGAUGGUCCCUGCUAGUGUAUAUGUUAGUGUUAUGAACGGGCGAUUGUUCAAACGGAAUAUCUACUGCUCGGAGUGAACCUCGUAGCAACAAAUUAAUGUUACACAUGACUACUUCGUCAAAAAGGGGUUAAGUCAUUGUGUAGCAAUUUUGUUUAAAUAUCAAUGUUCACUUUGCAAAGAUGUGAAGCAUUUGUAAUUAGUACGACAAUUAUUCCAAUCAAAAAUUCAACAACAAGCACCGAGGUGCUUACGAUUUACAUGUUCCAGUUAUAGGAAAAGCACUGUUUUCUUCCUUGAACAACUAUAACGUAUACACGACGAGGGCUACAUGUACAUUAAAUGAAUGUGUUGUGCAACUAGCAAGUAAAACACGUUCUUCAAUGGGCUAUACAGAUGACUCCUAAGAGACACUUCGUACAGUCUCGUUUAGAUAAACGUUUGAGCUACUACAAUAUGAUGCGUUAUCUAGCUUGGACGCUGAGUUUAUUAAAAAAGAACUAAACAGCGGAAUUAGCCAUAACGUGAUUAUCUUGCCACUAGAACAUAAACGAGUAGACACUUAAAUAAUGCAGGAGAAUUGAAUGUCGUGAUUAUCGGCUUGAAUUUGUAAAUCGGGUGGAACCAGGUUGAAACUUCCAUAGAUAAUCGUGGAGGCUAACACGAACCGUAUGAUGCUGUAAAAUAUAUUCUCUUCGUUUUGUGAAUGCCAUUGAUUAACCUGUAAAAGGCUAAAAACUUAAAAAAUAAAUGAUUUUAUUUGCUCGACGCGUGUUUUAUUUCUCUAUUACGGUAGAAUGAAAAAAACCUGCGUGUUAACAAACUUCGUAUCAACAAUUGCAAUGUCAAAUUUACCGACUUAUCAUCUUAUAUUUUUCAUAUGUUUUUAUUUGUGUCAGUAUGUAUUUUUUUGUCAAUGCAUUUGUUAAGCCAUAAUUGCUCAUGCUUCAGACUAACGACAAUUUGGUCGAGUUGUCCUUGUUUCGGUUUGAAGUGAUUGAACGCAAAAUACAAAUACCCUGAUGCUUUUGUAUCAGAUUCUUCAGGUAAUUUGUACGCAGUUCUCAAAAUGUUUCUCAGAAUUGCCUGUUGGUGUUAAGGGGAUGAAAAAUUUAAUGUGAUGAUUGUGAAUAAGUACUAAUAUAUGAUACAUAAAAAGUUAGUGUUAAUUUCUUUUAUUUUGAAAUAAGUUUACGGUGA